AUGGCAUCCUCAUCAAUGGUCCUCUACCGCCCCGGACCCUCCUCCUCCCUCACAACAACAUCCCACUCCACCUCCCUCCUCCCCGCCCGCCUCUUCACAGCCCAAACCGGCACCGCAAUCGCCACAGAGCUCCUCUACCGCCUCCUCAUGGACAUCUUAAACCGCCUCAUCCACUCCCUCCACAAAUUCGCCUCAUCACGCCUGGACCAGCUCUCCGCGCACCUCGAGAAGCGCGCCGCGCUGCGCCAGCAACAGCAUUUGGACGCUGCGGCGGCGCGGGAACAGGGCCUCGGUAUCGUGGAGGAGGUGGAGAAGUUGGUGGAGAGGAGGGGGUUCGAGUUGGAGUGUCCGAUGGGAGGAGGUGCGGGAGGUGGUAUGGGGGGGAUUGGGGGACCGCCUGGGCCGCCGAGGUGGGUGAAGGGGGUGUUGGAGGGGGUUAGGGAGGGGAGGAUGGAGGAGAGGGAUUUUUGGAUCCACACGCAUGGGGAUUGA